AUGGCGCUGCUGCAGGGGCUCCUGGUGCUCAGCUUGUCCUGCCUGCAAGGCCCCUGCCUGGUGUUCUCUCCAGUGAGCGCCUUGGAGCCUGUGGGCCAGCAGAUAAUAAUCGGGCCAUCCCAGGAGAGGCUAUCCCCGCUUAGCUUCCUCAAGUUGGGCAACCAGGAGGCUGGUGGUCAGACUGUCUCAAAGAACUCCCCAGGAGACUGCAGUGAGGCCCCAACCCGGGAGCAGACUCGCAGGCUGGCCAAGGCCAUGAUGGCCUUCACCACAGACCUCUUCUCCCUGGUGGCCCAACGGUCCACCAGCCCCAACCUCAUCCUGUCACCUCUGAGUGUGGCCUUGGCACUGUCUCACCUGGCACUAGGUGCUCAGAACCAAACACUGCAGAGGUUGCGGCAGGUGCUGCAUGCGGACCCGGCGCCCUGCCUCCCCCACCUGUUGAGCCGUCUCUGCCAGGACCUGGGCCCUGGGGCAUUGCGAAUGGCUGCCAGAAUGUACCUGCAGAAAGGAUUCCCCAUCAAAGAGGACUUCCUGAAACAAUCAGAACAUCUCUUUGGUGCAAAGCCCAUGAACCUGAUGGGAAAGGAGGGGGAUGACUUGGCGAACAUCAACAAAUGGGUGAAGGAGACCACGGAGGGGAAGAUUGAGGAUUUCCUCUCGGAGCUGUCAGAUGACACAGUGCUGCUCCUCCUCAAUGCCAUCCAUUUCCAGGGUUUCUGGAAGAGCAAGUUCGACCCCAGCCUCACCAAGAGAGAAGCUUUCCACCUGGACGAGCAGUUCACGGUGCCAGUGGACAUGAUGCAAGCCCACAUGUACCCUCUGCGCUGGACCCUGCUGGAGCAGCCUGAGAUUCAGGUGGCUUAUUUCCCCUUUAAGAACAACAUGAGCUUUGUGGUCAUUGUGCCCACCUACUUUGAGUGGAAUGUGUCCCAGGUGCUGGCCAACCUGAGCUGGGACAUCCUGCACCAGCCCUUGCUUGAGGAGAGGAUCACCAAGGUCCAGCUGCCUAAGCUGCAUCUGAAAUAUCAGCUGGACCUGGUGGCCACCCUCAGCCAGAUGGGCCUGCAGGAGCUGUUUCAGGCCCCAGACCUGCGUGGGAUCUCUGACCAGAGCUUGGUGGUGUCCAGUGUGCAGCAUCAGUCUGCUUUGGAGCUCGGUGAGGCCGGCGUGGAGGCGGCCGCAGCCACCAGCUCUGCCAUGACCCGCAUGUCCCUCUCCUUCAGCGUGAACCGCCCUUUCCUCUUCUUCAUCCUGGAAGACACCAUGAGCCUGCCCCUCUUUGUGGGCAGUGUGAGGAACCCCAACCCUGGUGCACAGCGGGAGCACAAGGAGCAGCAGGACUCCCCUGCCAGCAGGGACCUUUUCCCGAACCACAAAGCCUUCCCCCGCGGAGACAAGCUCUUGGGCCCUGACUUGAAACUGGCGCCCCUCUCAGAGGAGGAUUACCCCCAACCUAGCAGCCCCAAGUGAGGGGCUGUGGGCUCCAGCAUCCUGAGUCCCUGCCUGGACCAGCCUCUCGAUUCAUGACUCUUUCCA